UUUGGUUCACUCUGUUUUUUUCUUCCAUUUUCUUCUUUGAAUGCUGUAAAAAAAAAAAAAACCACAACCACCAUCGUACUCGAGUCGCCGCCACCGCCAUGUAUCGGAGUCGGUCGGCGCGAUCAUCGUCACUCCGUGAGCCGGACUCUCGACUCUCUGAGUCCGAUAAAAUGGAAGGAGCCGGUAGCUGGGAUGCCCUUGAAUGGACCAAAAUCGAUCAGCCUGUUUCGAGGUCGAUUCCUCUUGGAGUUAAACAGUUUUUGUUGGAAUCAGAGCAUGUUAUAGUAGAGGGUUAUGGGGUAGUUCUUGUAAACACUGAUGAUGCUGGAACCUUAUAUGUAACUAAUUUCCGCCUCCUUUUCUUGAGUGAAGGGUCUAGAGAUAUCAUUGCAAUUGGCACAAUACCGCUGGCAACCAUUGAAAAGUUCCAGAAAAUUGCUUUGAAGCCUCCAUCAGGUCCACGUCAACCUGAAAAAACUGGAUCACAGCGAUUGCUUCAGAUCAUCGGCAAAGAUAUGAGAAUCAUCGUCUUUGGUUUUCGUGCUCGAACCAAGCAGAGGCGUGCUGUCUAUGAUGCAUUAUUACGGUGUACAAGGCCUGCAAGGUUAUGGGAUCUCUAUGCAUUUGCUGGUGGCCCGUCCAGGUUUAGGAACACAAAUCCCAAAGUAAGGCUGUUGAAUGAGUAUUGCCGACUUCUUGGAAUGGGGUUUUAUCAAGCUUCUAUCUGUGCUAUUGAAGAUGGGGCAUUCACACUCUCAAAUGAGUGGUGGCGUAUUAGCAGUGUCAACUCUAAUUACACAAUGUCCCCUACCUAUCCAUUUGCUUUACUCUUACCAAAGUCCAUAAGUGAUGACAAAGUGCUGCAGGCUUGUACAUUCCGCGCACGGUCUAGGCUUCCAUCCAUAACAUGGUGUCAUAGAGGAACUGGGGCUGUUCUUGCACGAUCUUCUCAACCUCUAGUUGGACUCAUGAUGAAUAUGAGAAGCAAUGCUGAUGAGAAUCUAGUUGCUGCACUCUGUACUCAAAUUGCUGGAGAGAAACGAAGGAAGCUAUAUAUUGCUGAUGCAAGGCCGAGGAAAAAUGCUUUAGCUAAUGGGGCAAUGGGAGGUGGAUCAGAGUCAUCUGCAAACUAUUUUCAGUCCGAGAUUGUUUUCUUUGGCAUUGAUAAUAUACAUGCAAUGAGGGAGAGUUUUGGUCGGCUUAGAGACUAUGUAGAUACUUAUGGGACUACUUCAUCAGACGGAAUGUCGUCUUUUCUGAGGCAUGGUGGAUGGAGUUGGGGUGGAGGCAAUCUCAGCAGUAUGUCUGCUUCAGUUUCUACUCUGGGGGACACUGGGUGGUUAAUACAUGUCCAAACUGUCCUGGCUGGUUCUGCUUGGAUUGCUGCUCGUGUUGCACUAGAAUCAGCUUCAGUGCUUGUUCAUUGCAGUGAUGGAUGGGAUAGAACAACACAAUUGGUCUCACUUGCCAGCUUGCUACUUGACCCAUACUAUCGCACAAUUAGAGGGUUUCAGGCACUUGUAGAGAAAGAUUGGCUUGCAUUUGGUCAUCCAUUUUCAGAUCGUCUGGGAAUGCCCAGUAUAUCUGGAAGUGGCAACAUGCCAUUUGAAUUAUCUCGUCAGGCUUCGACUGGGAGUUUACCUUUAUCACCCAUGCGGCAAGGAUCGGGGUCAGCCUCACCCCAAGCUCAAAAUACAUCACAUUCGCAGAACCAAAGUUCCCCCAUUUUUUUGCAGUGGGUUGAUUGUGUUUCGCAGUUGUUAAGGAUGUAUCCCUUUGCCUUUGAGUUCUCUUCGGCUUUCCUGGUAGAUCUUCUGGAUUGCAUGCUUUCUUGUCGUUUUGGAAACUUUUUGUGCAACAGCGAGAAGGAAAGAGAGCAAGCUGGUAUAUCUGAUGCUUGUGGAUGCCUGUGGAUAUAUUUAGCUGGACUAAGGACAUCCGAAGGAAGCUCUCAUGCGCAUUACAACCUAUUCUAUGACCCACUGAAACAUAACGGUCCUCUACUUCCACCAGCAGCAGCUUUAGCUCCAACUGUUUGGCCUCAGUUUCACCUUCGUUGGGCUUGCCCCUCAGAGGCACAAGGUGGGGAAAUUGAGGCAGAAUGCAGGAAGCUGACGAGAAAAUUCUCUGAGCUGCAAAGGGCCAAAGAAGCAGCAGAAACAAGACUUAACGAAGCAAGUGCAACCGUGGAGUCCUUAGUUACAGAACUGAGAAAUGAGAAACUUGUCAGCACCUCUGCCAGGGAUGCGGUGAAAAGAGCAAGCAAAGAAACUGUUAAUAUAAAGCGUGCAGUACAAUCUUUGGGGUUCAAUGUCUACUUUACAGCAGAUGGAGACUGUAAUGUAGGCAUUGAAAGGAACCCAACCGAAAUUCCUCAGCGAUCUGUCUGCUCAGUUGUUACAAAAGAUAUAAAUGGUUCAGUGUCCCACAGUGAGAAAGCAGACCUCUCUGAACCUGUUUCUGUGAUGGAAGAUAAUGUUUCUGACAAUCCUCUCAUCCGAGUUUGUGGAUCGCUGUGCCCGAUGCACAAUAGAGAUGGAGAGUGCCAGUUGCCAAAUGCUGGUUGUGCUCAGUUUCAGAGCCAAUUGGUUGAUUUCAAAGCCAACUUUGAUGCAUUUGAUCGGCUUUCGAUAUAUGAUAGUUAUUUCGGAUCUUAACAAAGACGGUUUCAAUCAAGCUCACUUUGCUUGCGUCAAACUCCAUUUAUCUGGUCAGAUAUCUUUGUACAGUUGGGAAUUAAAUGGAUGCAGUAGGUCCAAUUUCUAUUUUUGGCAAAAAUUACAACAAACAAUUAGACAAGUAGCAGCAAGUGUUCAAACAUAGUUUCUGUUAGAUGAGAUGGCCCAAGAACUGUACAUGGAGAACUGAUUGAGUUUCUAUGCAGACCAUCUGAAAGUUUUGACAUUGCGGAGGAUUUCAAUUGGAGAAGAUUGGAACUGAUACUGUAUGUUUAGGACUGAUAUUAUUUAGACACAAUUCAAAUGUACAUUUUGACAUAGGCGUUCCUCCUCCGCAGUGUCUGUAGGGGUUCUUUCUGCAUUUUUGUAAAUGACAAAUAAUUAUGAGUUCUGAAUAAAACGAUUCCGGUGGACAUCCUCUAA